AUGGAUCUAUGUUGUAAUGUACACGAUGGAUUGGAAGGCCCUACAAGUUCUAUUUUAGUCAAUGGCCAAUACGAGUACUAUCAUUAUGCAUGUGAUGGAACAUCGGAUCAAGGCUGGGGUUGUGGUUAUAGGACACUACAGACUUUAUGUUCGUGGAUAAAAGCUAAGACUAGUUAUCAAAGAGAUGUACCAAACCUACAGGAGAUACAAACGGCAUUAGUUGAGAUAGAAGACAAGCCAGCUUCGUUCUGUGGAUCAAAAUCAUGGAUUGGAAGUUUUGAAGUAUGCCUGUGUAUUGAUAUUUUCUAUCAUGUUGCCUGUAAGAUAAUUCAUGUUAACCAUGGUUCAGAAUUACCCCAACACAUAAAACAAAUAUAUCAUCAUUUCCAAGAUAUAGGAUCACCAAUUAUGAUGGGUGGAGAAAGUGAUAAUUCAUCUAAAGGUAUCAUUGGUGCUUCUCUGAAUCCACCAUCUUUACUGGUUUUGGAUCCACAUUACCAUGGGCCAAAGUUAUCUAAAAAGCAACUGCAAGAAAAUGGUUGGAUAAAAUGGAGAGCUCUUGAAACGUUUUCUCAGGAUUCAUUUUACAAUUUAUGUUUACCACAGUAUAAAGAAAUUGGAAAUUUUUAUUUUCCACAGCAUGUGACUGGCUGUGACACAUCAAAUGUCCCCAAAGAAAAGUGCAAAUGUCCUCAUCUUGGGACAAGUCCCUAUGGUUGA